AUGUCCAAUUUACCAGACGUUUACUACAACAAAGAUUCAGAUUCUUUUGCCUUUUCAACAGCAAGAACCCGUUGGAUCAAAAUCAUCCAAGAUGCAAUUGAUGAUGUUGCCUCAGCUGUCAAGAAUUCCUCUGAUGCUGAGUUCAAGAAACAAGGUGAACAAAUUGAAUCAGAAUUGAAGCAAUUGAAAAAUGAUGUCCAAUCUGAUGGUGCUGUUAAACCGUUCCAACAUCCUACAAAUAAGGCAUUUGCCUCGUUUGAUAAAGUUUUAAAAGGUCAGAACUAUACUUGGUUAACAGGUCCUUGGUUAUUCUUGGAAAAUUAUUUAUACCGUGUUAUUAAUUCUUUCUUUAUAUCAAAAUCAUUAUGGUUUAAUUAUGAUAUUUUUGAUAAUUUGAAAAGAUCAUCAUUUGAAAGUUCUGUUGCUGGUGUUGUGGAAUUAGCUAUUCGUUAUUAUAAGUUAACCGAGGAGGUUAAUUCAAUUGAUGAACAAACUAAACAAAUCUUGUUUAAUGAAUUUGCUGAAAUCUCAUUAUGGGGUAAUGCAACAGAUUUAUCAUUAUUAGCUACUGCUACUUUAGAGGAUAUCAAGUCAAUCCAAGGUGCUGAAGCUAGAAAGAAGUCCGAGGCAAACAUCUUGGAUAACGAUUUGGAUGAAGCUUGGAAACAAUUGACCACUUCAAAAGAUGAAGUUAAAAGAGUUGAUUUUGUUUUGGAUAAUGCUGGGUUUGAAGUUUAUACUGAUUUGAUUUUUGCUUUAUUCUUACUAGAUUUGAAAUUAACAGAUGAAGUUGUUUUCCAUACAAAGGAUAUCCCAUGGAUGGUUUCAGAUGUUAAUAUUAAAGAUUUUUACAUCUUGUUGGCAGAUUUGAAAAAUACAACACUAUUCCCAGAACAUAGAAAAGAACUGGAUCACUUCAUUAACAAAAUUGAAUAUUUCAAUAAUAAUGGUACUUUACAACUACGUACUUCCCCAUUUUGGACUCUUGAUUUAGAUUUUUGGAAUAUUGAUCCAAAAGAAGUUGAAUUUGGUGGUGCUAAAGUUCAUAAAGAUUUAAGUGAUUCUUCAUUAGUUAUCUUUAAAGGUGAUAUGAAUUAUAGAAAAUUGACAGGUGAUAGAAGAUGGCCAUCCACUACAACUUUUGCUGAAUCUAUUGGUCCAUUAGCUUCAAAUGGGUUGAAAAUCUUGGCCCUAAGAACUAUCAAAGCUGAUGUUUUAGUUGGUUUACAAGAGGGAGUUUAUGACCAAGUUGGUGAUUUCUGGGAAAAAGAUCAUGAUUCAAGAUUAUCAUGGUUGAGUAGUGGUAAAUAUGCUGUUAUUAGUUACUCAAAUGGUUCCAAUUGA